AUGGAUCCAGCAGAGAAGCGAGAAGCUCAGAAGAAGCGACUGGCACUCAAGCAAAAGCUCCUUGUCGGCCGACAAAAGCUGCCUAUGUGGUCUGCAAAGGAAGCGUUGAAGGAGAAGCUGAAUUCCUCGAAGUGUAUCGUCUUGGUCGGAGAGACAGGUUCCGGAAAGUCUACGCAGUUACCCCAAUUUCUGCUGGAAUGCGACUUUGCACAGGAGGGCUGCAUUGCUGUGACCCAGCCUCGUCGUGUCGCCGCGGUCAACUUGGCAAAACGUGUCGCGCAAGAGUAUGGAACAGAACUCGGCAACAAAGUGGGUUACACCAUCCGUUUCGACGACACCUCUGGCCCCUAUACGCGGAUCAAGUACAUGACGGAUGGUAUGCUACUCCGAGAACUGAUCUCCGACUCUGAUCUGUCGUUCUACAACACCAUUGUUCUUGAUGAAGCUCACGAACGGACGCUCUUGACGGAUAUGAUGAUGGGAUUUCUGAAGAAGAUUAUGAAGAGAAGACCGACAUUGCGCGUGGUGAUCAUGUCUGCCACUCUUGACGCCGAGCGAUUUUCCGAGUUCUUCGAUGAGGCGGAGAUUUGUUAUGUUGAGGGCCGACAGUUCCCUGUGGAGAUUCAGAACACUGUUGCGCCAGAGAAGGAUUACGUGGAUGCCGCGCUACGAACGAUCUUCCAGAUUCACACGAAGGAGCCAUUAGGAGACGUUUUGGCUUUCUUUACGGGACAAGACGAGAUCGAGGCGCUGGAACAGUUGAUUAACGAGUAUGCCAAACAGCUUCCGUCGAAUAUCCCUCAGGUGCUCAUCUGCCCGCUCUUCUCCGGCCUUCCGCAAGCGCAGCAACAAAAGGUCUUCGUACCAACACCCCCCGGAACUCGCAAGAUCAUCUUGGCUACCAACAUUGCUGAAACAUCCGUCACUGUCUCCGGUGUUCGGUAUGUCGUGGACUGUGGUCUGAGCAAGGUCAAGCAGUUCAACAACAAGUUAGGUUUGGAGUCGCUAUUGAUCCAACCUAUCAGCAAGUCUGCAGCAAGACAAAGGGCUGGUCGCGCUGGUCGUGAGGCGCCUGGAACGUGUUACCGACUCUACACCGAGGAGGAGUUUAGCAAGAUGCGGAAUGCUGCUAUUCCCGAGAUCAAGCGUUGUGACUUGGCCACCGCUGUUCUCACGCUUAAGGCUAGAGGUGAGAACGAUGUGCUUGGUUUCGACUACAUGGACCCGCCCUCAAGACCGGCACUAAUUAGGGCAUUGGAAAACCUGUACUCGCUUGGAGCGCUGGACAACAAAGGAAAUAUCACGAAGCUUGGCGAGGAGAUGAGUUUAUUGCCCUUGGUGCCUCCGUUGGCGCGAGUUAUGAUCGCCGCUGCUCGCCAAUACGACGUCCUCUCCGAGGUUGUCGACAUUGUGGCUUGUCUUCAAGCUGAGAACCUCUUCGUUUCGCCGGCGGAUAAACGCGAGGAAGCAGCUGAGGCUCACAAGAAGUUCGCGGCGCGUGAGGGAGAUCAUCUGACGCUGUUAGAAUGCCUGAAGCAAUUCCUUGCACUUAGUAACGGCAAAGCUGAGCGCAAGGGCUGGUGCGAGACAAACUAUAUCAACGCACGCGCCAUGUCAAACAUUCUCAACGUCCGUAAGCAGCUUCGUCAAUACUGUGAGCGGGCUCAGCUUUCGCUUGCGCCCUCCACCGACUCGCGUGAUGCUGGCGAGACUAAGGACGCGAUCUUGAAGUCCUUCUUGGCGGGCUAUAUGCACAACACAGCGCUCUUGCAUCCGGAUGGCAGUUACCGGACGGUGGGUACGCACCAACCGGUGGCUAUUCACCCCAGUAGUGUGCUGUUUGGGAAGAGAGUUGAGGCGAUUGUCUACGCGGAGAACGUCUUUACGCAAAAAGCAUAUGUGAGGGGUGUUAGUAAGGUCGAGGGUGGAUGGUUGACGGCAACUACUACCCCGAAAUGA